CACGCACCGAGUCUAUCUCCCAUUGGUCGGCGCAUAACACACCUUUGCGUCCUAUUGGGCGAGACGUUAAGCCAGGCCUAUCUUUUCCCCACCGCGUUUGAAACAAUGAAUGGGAACGAGGCUGCGGAGAUAACUGGAACACAAACGUCCCAUUUGGUCUCAAGUGUUCACACGAGACGGAAGGACGAGUAGAGCCUACUCAGCAGGUAAACCGGGCUCCAGAACACGUCACACAGACCCACGUAAGAUAGUUGCAACAUGGAAGUUGAGGAGCUCCACUCAGACAUCCAGGGUGAAUCCCAGCCUGCUCCUUUGGGUGCAGGUGACAUGGAGGCUGUGGAGGUUCUGAUGUCCAUGACUAAGCACUGGAGGACCAGGAGCUUUAGGCUCAGACACUUCAGACCCUUGACUCCGUCCUCAGACUGCUCAGAAGAUGACUCAGUCCCCUUUGGGUCUACUGUGCAACUGGACUCUCCUUUGUGUAUGACACCGCCAUACAGUCCACCCAUCUUUGAGGCCACCCAUCCCCCCUCAGGGGCAACCUUCCAUCAACCUGCAGCAGCUGGAAGUCCAAGCUGGCAGCCAAUAGAAGCGAAUCAUCUGCACACACACACUGCUGCUUCUCAGCAACGGUUCCACUGCACCAGUGUCAUCCGUCACACAUCAGAUGGCCAGCGCAGCUCCUGUGAUGUCCAUCCUGUCUCCAGCGAAGACGGACUUACUCAAGUUCCCACAAAAGACUUUAAAAGAGAAUUGAGCUCUGAAUAUGGACUAAACAGUAGAGAGUCCAAGGGGAGCUCUGGAAUCCAGUCUGACUCUAAUGCAGCCAUGCCACAGGAAUCUUUUACCGUGACUGUGCCAAAUGUGCUUGACGCAAGUCGGACCAAGACGAGUCUUUUAGGCCUGGAUGAUAAAUCCAAUACAUCUCAGGCUGUUUCCUCUGUCCGGGUCUCUCCUGCGCCUGUCUACUGCCAGAUUCUUCCUGUCUCUUGUCCUUCCUCCACUGUCACAGCCGCUCACAGCCAGAAGCAACACCUAAAACCUAUCCCAUCAGCAGCCACCACUGCACUACAACAGGCACAAACACAAGCAGCUUCUCCUGCCCAUGUCAUCCUCCUAGGGAGUCAGGGGGCAAAAGGCCCCGUAAUGCUCCUCGUCCCUCGGCCGGCUGUUCCUACACUCUACGUCCAGCCAGCACUGGUGACCCCUGGUGGCACCAAACUAGCAGCCAUCGCCCCCGCGCCCGGUCAUGCAAUGUUGGAGCUAAAACAAAAGCCUCCGCAGGCAGAAGUGUCCCGUGUACGCAGUCAUGUUUGUCCUCAUGAGGACUGCUGCAAAACCUACUUCAAGAGCUCCCACCUCAAAGCCCACAUGAGGACACACACAGGUGAGAAGCCCUUCAAAUGCAAGUGGGAGGGCUGCGAGAGGCGAUUCGCUCGCUCCGAUGAGCUGUCUCGCCACCGACGCACCCACACGGGAGAGAAAAGGUUUGCCUGUCCCGUGUGCCUCAGCCGCUUCAUGCGUAGCGACCACCUCGCCAAGCACGCCCGACGACACCUAGCAGAGAGGAAGACGCCCCGCUGGACACCCAGUCUGCUGACCUCACUGCUUCCACAACACUCAAGUCUGUCUUCAACAAGCUCUCUCUGAGACAUCCUGAUGAGACACCAAAGUAAAAACGGUGAAAAUGUGAGAAAGUGAGGCUUUGUGAGCCUCCAACAGUGCACAGCGUGUGCCUGAUCUCUACAUGUCAGCAGUCAGCUCCUAACAGUUGAACAAUGCAGAACUGAAAACUAGAUUAGGUUGCAAGUCUUUGCUGCUUUGUUAUUCCUUAAUAAUUAUAGUUGAAUCUGAACAAGUUAAUGAGACUGUUUCACUGAAAAUAUCCACUAUUAUGUGAAUCAAUUUUUACAAGAUUUUAUUCUUUAAGAUGAUUUGUUUUGGCAUUUUAGUCCUUUAUUUUGAAUGGACAGGUGAAGACAGGAAAGGGGAGAGAGGGAGGGAAUGACAUGCAGCAAAGGGCCGCAGGUCGGAAUCAAACUAGCGGCCGCUGCGGCUUAAGACUGAGCCUUUGUACGUGGGGCACACGCUCAACCAGUUGAGCUACCAGGGCUUCCCAAAUUUUGGAACACUUUAAUGCUAAACAUAUUCACUUUUCAGUGCUAUUUGACCAAAGAAUGUUUAAUAUUGUUCCUAGAAUCUAUUUGUUAUAAAACAAUUUUGCACACUUAUUUCUUUAUUAAACCUCAACACAUGUAUUUUCUUGUUUUUUCCCCCCCCAAUAUGUCCAGAUCUCUUUUAGCGUCUGUGUUGUCCUGCCUAUUUUACAUGUAGUGACGAAGACUUAGCACAACUGUUGUUCAAAAGUUCCUAGAUGGUUUUGACUCGAGAAAUUUAGCCUCUUAAAACAAAUCCGUUAGCCUUUGAUCACAUUAUUCAAGAUGACAUUUGGAUUAAAUCAUGAGAUGAAACCAUUUUUUAAAAAUGAUUAUCAAUUAUUUAGGUAGGUCUGUGCAAUAUAUAUUCACUUUAGAAAUAUUAAUGGUCAAAAAAAGAAACAGACACAGGGAUUCACAGUCCAGUCAAUGAGGUGUUUAUUACUUUUCAUGUUGACAAGCACAGAUACAGAAGUUAUUAACAGGCAAAUACCUGAUAAUUCAUCAUGCCUUGAACACAGAUUGGGAGACAAAUUAACAGAUAUUGUACACAAUUUGCAAUUUUACUUGCAAUC